GCACAUGACAGCCCGCUUGGACUUUGUCAAAAGGCACCUAAAGACUCAGACCAUGAGAAACAAGAUUCUCUGGUCUGAUGAAAUCAAGAUUGAACUAUUUAACAUGAAUGCCAAGCAUCACAUCUGGAGGAAACCUGGCACCAUCCCAAUGGUGAAGCAUGGUGGUGACAGCAUCAUGCUGUGGGGAGGUUUUUCAGCAACAGAGACUGGGAGACUAGUCGGGAUCAAGGGAAAGAUCUCUGAAUGUUCUUGAGUGGCCCAGCCAGAGCCCCGACUUGAACCCAAUCGACCAUCUCUGAAAAGACCUGAAAAUAGCUGUGUAGCGACGCUCCCCAUCCAACCUGACAGAGCUUGAGAGGAUCUGCAGAGAAGAAUGGGAGAAACUGCCAAAAUACAGGUGUGCCAAGCUUGUAGCGUUAUACCCAAGAAGACUUGAGGCUGUAAUCACUGUCAAAGGUGCUUCAACAAAGUACUGAGUAAAGGGUCUGAAUACUUAUAUAAAUGUGAUAUUUCCGGUUUUUAUUUGUAAUAAAUUAGCAAAAAAAAAAUAACAGUUUUUGCUUUGUCAUUAUGGGAUAUUGUGUGUAGAUUGAUGAGGGGGGAAAAAAAACAAUUUAAUCCAUUUUAGAAUAAGGCUGUAAGGUAACAAAAGGUGGAAAGGUCAAGGGGUCUAAAUACUUCUGAAGUUACUGUGUGUAUACUGCCGCUACUCAUUAGCCACGAAGCAUCUGGGUCGUGACCUGACAGAGUAGCUGACGCUCUCUGUUCUGUUAAUGAUAAAGCUUCUGAUUACUGGACCCUGCUCUGCACUUCAAUGGAUUCAUAGUGUUUGUGUCCCAAAUGGCUCUCUUUUCCCUUUAUAGUGCACUACUUUUGACCAGAGCUCUGUGUAGGGAAUAGGGAGCCAUUUAUAGUGCACUACUUUUGACCUGAGCUCUAUGUAGGGAAUAGGGAGCCAUUUAUAGUGCACUACUUUUGACCAGAGCUCUAUGUAGGGAAUAGGGAGCCAUUUAGGGCGUGUGGAGUGUUUCUAGGACUCUGGACAUCUUAUCUGAGACUGAGAGAGAAGCCAUCUGUUCAGGGACUGACUUAUUCAUGUCCUAUCUGGUUUAUGAGGAUAAGUGUGUGUGCGGCAUAUUUGACUUUUUCCUGAUGGGUUUCCAUGCAAUCAUUAAUGCUGUAAAUGUGUAUCUACAGUAUGUCUCCUAUUAACUUAGAACAUUCUACAGUGAUGUUAUGAAACCCAAUGGAACUGUCAGGAAGUGGAGGAAGAACACAAUGUAGCUAUUCUAGUUGAGAAUCUCUCUGACUAGGACUAUAAUAGAACAGGAGAGGUAGAUUCUACCCAGAGAGAAGGUGGAUUAAGAUUUAAAGGUUCUACCCAGAGAAGGUGGACUAAGAUGUAAAGGUUCUACUCAGAGAGAAGGUGGACUAAGAUUUAAAGGUUCUACCCAGAGAGAAGGUGGACUAAGAUUGAAAGGUUCUACCCAGAGAUAAAGUGGAUUAAGAUUUAAAGGUUCUACCCAGAGAGAAGGUGGACUAAGAUUUAAAGGUUCUACCCAGAGAGGGUGGAUUAAGAUUGAAAGGUUCUACCCAGAGAGGGUGGAUUAAGAUUUUAAGGUUCUACCCAGAGAGAGGGUGGACUAAGAUUUAAAGGUUCUACCCAGAGAGAGGGUGGACUAAGAUUGAAAGGUUCUACCCAGAGAGAAGGUGGACUAAGAUUUAAAGGUUCUACCCAGAGAGAAAGUGGAUUAAGAUUGAAAGGUUCUACCCAGAGAGAAGGUGGACUAAGAUUGAAAGGUUCUACCCAGAGAUAAAGUGGAUUAAGAUUUAAAGGUUCUACCCAGAGAGAAGGUGGACUAAGAUUUAAAGGUUCUACCCAGAGAGGGUGGAUUAAGAUUGAAAGGUUCUACCCAGAGAGGGUGGAUUAAGAUUUUAAGGUUCUACCCAGAGAGAGGGUGGACUAAGAUUUAAAGGUUCUACCCAGAGAGAGGGUGGACUAAGAUUGAAAGGUUCUACCCAGAGAGAAGGUGGACUAAGAUUUAAAGGUUCUACCCAGAGAGAAAGUGGAUUAAGAUUGAAAGGUUCUACCCAGAGAGAAGGUGGACUAAGAUUUAAAGGUCCUACCCAGAGAAAAGGUGGAUUAAGAUUUAAAGGAGAUGUAUAGUUAACAUAUAGCUAACGGCAACAUUGGCUCUAUACAGAUAUCAAUAGAUGCUUUAGGAGUUAGUAGGUUAAGGACCAGAUUACAUGCAGUAGGAGUUAGCAGGUUAAGGACCAGAUUACAUGCAGUAGGAGUUAGCAGGUUAAGGACCAGAUUACAUGCAGUAGGAGUUAGCAGGUUAAGGACCAGAUUACAUGCAGUAGGAGUUAGCAGGUUGAGGACCAGAUUACAUGCAGUAGGAGUUAGCAGGUUAAGGACCAGAUUACAUGCAGUAGGAGUUAGUAUGUUAAGGACCAGAUUACAUGCAGUAGGAGUUAGCAGGUUAAGGACCAGAUUACAUGCAGUAGGAGUUAGUAGGUUAAGGACCAGAUUACAUGCGGUAGGAGUUAGCAGGUUAAGGAUCAGAUUACAUGCAGUAGGAGUUAGCAGGUUAAGGAUCAGAUUACAUGCAGUAGGAGUUAGCAGGUUAAGGAUCAGAUUACAUGCAGUAGGAGUUAGCAGGUUAAGGACCAGAUUACAUGCAGUAGGAGUUAUUAGCAGGUUAAGGACCAGAUUACAUGCAGUAGGAGUUAGCAGGUUGAGGACCAGAUUACAUGCAGUAGGAGUUAGCAGGUUGAGGACCAGAUUACAUGCAGUAGGAGUUAGCAGGUUAAGGACCAGAUUACAUGCAGUAGGAGUUAGCAGGUUGAGGACCAGAUUACAUGCAGUAGGAGUUAGCAGGUUGAGGACCAGAUUACAUGCAGUAGGAGUUAGCAGGUUGAGGACCAGAUUACAUGCAGUAGGAGUUAGCAGGUUAAGGACCAGAUUACAUGCAGUAGGAGUUAGCAGGUUAAGGACCAGAUUACAUGCAGUAGGAGUUAGCAGGUUAAGGGCCAGAUUACAUGCAGUAGGAGUUAGCAGGUUAAGGACCAGAUUACAUGCAGUAGGAGUUAGCAGGUUAAGGACCAGAUUACAUGCAGUAGGAGUUAGCAGGUUAAGGACCAGAUUACAUGCAGUAGGAGUUAGCAGGUUAAGGACCAGAUUACAUGCAGUAGGAGUUAGCAGGUUAAGGACCAGAUUACAUGCAGUAGGAGUUAGCAGGUUAAGGAUCAGAUUACAUGCAGUAGGAGUUAGCAGGUUAAGGAUCAGAUUACAUGCAGUAGCAGUUAGCAGGUUAAGGAUCAGAUUACAUGCAGUAGGAGUUAGCAGGUUAAGGACCAGAUUACAUGCAGUAGGAGUUAGCAGGUUAAGGACCAGAUUACAUGCAGUAGGAGUUAGCAGGUUAAGGACCAGAUUACAUGCAGUAGGAGUUAGCAGGUUAAGGACCAGAUUACAUGCAGUAGGAGUUAGCAGGUUAAGGACCAGAUUACAUGGAGUAGGAGUUAGCAGGUUAAGGACCAGAUUACAUGCAGUAGCAGUUAGCAGGUUAAGGACCAGAUUACAUGCAGUAGGAGUUAGCAGGUUGAGGAUCAGAUUACAUGCAGUAGGAGUUAGCAGGUUAAGGACCAGAAUACAUGCAGUAGGAGUUAGCAGGUUGAGGACCAGAUUACAUGCAGUAGGAGUUAGCAGGUUGAGGACCAGAUUACAUGCAGUAGGAGUUAGCAGGUUAAGGAUCAGAUUACAUGCAGUAGGAGUUAGCAGGUUAAGGACUAGAUUACAUGCAGUAGGAGUUAGCAGGUUAAGGACCAGAUUACAUGCAGUGGGAGUUAGCAGGUUAAGGACCAGAUUACAUGCAGUGGGAGUUAGCAGGUUAAGGAUCAGAUUACAUGCAGUAGGAGUUAGCAGGUUAAGGACCAGAUUACAUGCAGUAGGAGUUUACAUGCAGUAGGAGUUAGCAGGUUAAGGACCAGAUUACAUGCAGUAGGAGUUAGCAGGUUAAGGACCAGAUUACAUGCAGUAGGAGUUAGCAGGUUAAGGACCAGAUUACAUGCAGUAGGAGUUAGCAGGUUAAGGAUCAGAUUACAUGCAGUAGGAGUUAGCAGGUUAAGGACCAGAUUACAUGCAGUAGGAGUUAGCAGGUUAAGGACCAGAUUACAUGCAGUAGGAAUUAGCAGGUUGAGGACCAGAUUACAUGCAGUAGGAGUUAGCAGGUUGAGGACCAGAUUACGUGCAGUAGGAGUUAGCAGGUUAAGGACCAGAUUACAUGCAGUAGGAGUUAGCAGGUUAAGGACCAGAUUACAUGCAGUAGGAGUUAGCAGGUUAAGGACCAGAUUACAUGCAGUAGGAGUUAGCAGGUUAAGGAUCAGAUUACAUGCAGUAGGAGUUAGCAGGUUAAGGACCAGAUUACAUGCAGUAGGAGUUAGCAGAAGGAUCAGAUUACAUGCAGUAGGAGUUAGCAGGUUAAGGACCAGAUUACAUGCAGUAGGAGUUAGCAGGUUAAGGACCAGAUUACAUGCAGUAGGAGUUAGCAGGUUAAGGACCAGAUUACAUGCAGUAGGAGUUAGCAGAGUUAGUGGUCCAGUCAGACAGGACAGUGAUCUACAGGGUUAGUGAUAUAGUGUUGUGGUCCAGUCAGACAGGACAGUGAUCUACAGGGUUAGUGAUAUAGUGUUGUGGUCCAGUCAGACAGGACAGUGAUCUACAGGGUUAGUGAUAAAGUGUUGUGGUACAGUCAGACAGGACAGUGAUCUACAGGGUUAGUGAUAUAGUGUUGUGGUCCAGUCAGACAGGACAGUGAUCUACAGGGUUAGUGUCUCUGUGGUGGUGAUCUCGCUCGCUCUCUCAGGGGACUAAUGCUGCCAUAGUAACACAUAGCCCUGGUUGCUAGGGUUACCAGAAGCAUGUCCUGAUGUAAACUCGCUGUGACAACUCAGCGACAGCUUAAUAAGAGGGGAGAUGGUGCGUUUAGCACAGAGACACACAUAGAGACCGACACGCACACACACAGGCACGCACACACAAAUACACACACAGGCACGCACACACUAAUACGCACACAGACAGCCACAGAGGCCAAUUGUGGUGGGGUUUAACAGUAUUUCUUAUUAAUAUUAUCCAAUCAGUUUCUCUCUGACAGACUGCAUGGAGACAGGUCAAUGACUCACCCUGUCACAGGCCACUCACACACAGGCCCCCGCCUGGACCAAUUACAUAACCAUCUGAAGUAAAUCAUCUCGUUCACUGUCUGAGUUUCCUCUCAAAUAUGACCUGUUAUAACCCCACCCCCCUCUCUCUCUCUCUCUCUGUGUGUCUCUCUCUCUGUCUCUCUCUCUCUCUCUGUGUGUCUCUGUGUCUCUCUCUCUGUGUGUCUCUCUCUCUGUGUCUCUCUCUCUCUCUCUGUGUCUCUGUGUCUCUCUCUCUCUCUCUCUGUGUCUCUCUCUCUCUCUCUCUCUCUGUGUCUCUCUCUCUCUCUCUGUGUCUCUCUCUCUCUCUGUGUCUCUCUCUCUCUCUCUGUGUCUC